AUGUCUGACCUCGUUCAUGUAAACCUCAACGACAGCAUCGGCGCCUUGCAAAUAGGCCUCCUAUUUUCGAUCUUUGUCUUCGGGAUCGUCACCCUGCAAGCUCACAUCUACUAUGGGACGUUUAGAGACGAUCGCUGGACGUACAAGACCCUUGUGGGCGCUAUAUGGCUACUCGAGGUCGGCCAUACAAUCGCAGGUUCCUACGAAGUAUAUCGAGCGACAAUAACACUGUAUGGCAUGCCCGAGCUCCUUACCACCUUCCCUGCUAUCAGCUCAGGGAUCGCCGUCGCGGGAGCCAUUACUUUCCUGGUCCAAGGAUUCUUUAGCAUCCGACUAUUCAAAGUGUUGCCUCGGCCGUAUUCAUUCAUCGGUAUCGCGUUCAUCGGCCUUUCCGGGUUACGUUUCAUAGGCAGCAUCUACCUUUCCUACCGCGCGGUGACGACGAAGAGUGUCGAGCAGUAUCGCCGGGAGAUGACAUGGCUCGUAACGACACUGCUCACCACGGGUGCCACGAUCGACGUGACCAUCGCGGUGUCGAUGCUGUAUUAUCUUUCAAAGAAGCGGAGCCAGGCGUUCGAACGAAUCGCCUCAGUCAUUGACCGCCUCAUCGCCUACACCAUUCGUACUGGUCUGCUCACAAGUGUCGGCGCCGUGCUUAUUCUCAUCUGCUAUCAAGCUAUGCCGAACAAUCUCGUGUGGCUCGCACUCUACACCUGCCUGGCGAAACUCUAUUCAAAUAGCUUGCUGUCUUCGCUCAACUCCCGACAAGAAAUGAGGGAGGAUUCAACGACCUCCAUGCCCUCCUUCGAAAGAUUCUCAAGGAGAACAACGACACGUAGGGAGCACAACACGCGAAUAGACCUCGCGCCGCAACCAAUUGCCAUUGAGAUGAAGACAACGAUGGAGACCGCCCAAGACGAUUCUAUGGGCAAAGUUCGAAUCGCUGUCCACACCGACCCGAGUCCAGCCUACCAAAAUGAUACCAAAGUGUAG